GGCGGGGCGGGCCGGCAGGAAGUGCCCGGGGUGCUGGGCUGGAGCCUGGCUGCCCGCACCCUGACGCUCUCCCGCUGGGAGUGCCCGGAGCGCCGCCGCGCCUCCCGAAGCUCCCGCCCCCGUCGCUGCGUGCGGAGCUCGGCGGCCCGCGAGGCCGGGCCCAGCAACCAUGGCCCAUUCCAAGGCUGAGCAGGACGACUGGCUGAUCGUCUACCUGAAGUAUUUACUCUUCGUCUUUAACUUCUUCUUCUGGGUGGGCGGGGCCGCCGUCAUGGCCGUGGGCGUCUGGACCCUGGUGGAGAAGAGCGGCUACCUCAGCGUCCUGGCCUCCAGCACCUUCGCCGCGUCCGCCUACAUCCUCAUCUUUGCAGGGGCCCUUGUCAUGGUGACGGGCUUCCUGGGCUUCGGCGCCAUCAUCCGGGAGGACAGGAGCUGCCUCUCCAUGUAUUUCUGCCUGUUGCUGGUGAUCUUCCUGGUUGAGCUGGUGGCAGGGGUCCUGGCCCACAUGUACUACCGGAGGCUCAGUGACGAACUAAAGCAGCACCUGAGCCGGACUCUGGCUGAGAACUACAGGCAGCCCGGAGCCUCCGACCUCACAACGUCAGUGGACCGUCUCCAGCAGGAUUUCAAGUGCUGUGGGAGUAACAGCUCCGCUGACUGGCAGCACAGCGCCUACAUCCGGUCUCGGGAGGCCGAGGGCCGCCGGGUGCCCGACAGCUGCUGCAAGACGGUGGUGGCGCGCUGUGGCCAACGGGCCCACCCCUCCAACAUCUACAAGGUGGAGCCUCGCCUGCUUCCGGGCCAUCCUGUGGCACUUGCCCUUACCUUACAGGGAGGCUGCAUCACCAAGCUGGAGCAGUUCCUGGCUGACCACCUGCUGCUCAUGGGGGCGGUGGGCAUCGGGGUGGCCUGUCUGCAGAUCUGCGGGAUGGUUCUCACUUGCUGCUUGCACCGGAGGCUCCAGCUGCAUUUUUACUAAUGGCCAACUGCGUCCCCCUCCGAAGACAGGUGCCCAGAUCCCGUCUUCCAGGCCUGCAGAGUCAGCCCCAGCUUGCCUAGAAACUCCCAGAACCUGCCCCUACUCUGUGCCCAGCCCCUUCAGGCCCACCAAGUGCCCGAGACCCUGACUCCUGUGGUUCCCCCCCAGGCCGGGGGCCCUCAGCCCCCUCCCCCCACUUCCAAGUGCUCACUGCCAGGAUCCCCGAGCAGGGGACCCACCCACCAGCACCCCUCACCAGCAGUGGGGGGCCCGUGGACUGCAGGAGGGUGAGAAUCAGACCCUCUGCUCCCUCCCAACUCCGGAAACUAAAAUGAAGGUCUGAAGACUCCAGCCCCUCUGGGACUCCUCCUUGCAUUGGGCCCGUGAGCUCCCCACUGGUGCUGAGCACCCCUCCUCUUGUCUCUGCUUGGUGUCCUUUUCUCUCCCCACUGGGAAAUACUUAGGGUGGGGCAGUUAGGGUCAGCUCUGCCCCCAGAAGACCCAGUCCUUUGAUGUGCCCACCCCCACACCUUCUCAACUGGAAGGGAAUGCCCCGAUGGCCUGGUUCCUUCCCGCAGGGCCCGGCAGUGGAGAGGUCUGGGGUGAGGACCCCGGAGCUGGGGUUGGGAUGGUGGGCUCGUGGCACUGCCAGGGAGGGAACCAAGGCAGGUAAGGUGGCCACCACACCACGUGCUGCCCCAGGACCCUGUGCACUGCCCAGAAGCCAUCCCUGGGAGAGGUCCCUCAGGAGACCAUGGCCUUGAGCCCCAGUCCACAGUUAAUAUGCCCCUUAGGGAUCUCCUCUCUAUGGCCUGAUUCUCAGGAAUGCCAGGUUUUUAAAAUGAUCUCCAGCUCUUAAUGUUGGUGGGAGUGAAAACCCCUUCCUGAUUAGGCCAAAUCACAGACCCCGGAAGGUUGGAGCCACGGAGAAGGUGCAGCUCUGAGUAGAGGGGUGCUCUGCCCUGAACCCCGUUUUUCCUGGGCCCACAGCCCCUGACCACAUGGCCACCACCGAGCCGCCUCCAGGAGCCCUCGCUCCGCUUCGCAGAGUGAAUACAGUCCCUUUCUUUGAUUCUCCCUUGCUUCUCUGAAUCAGGCAGGGGAUUUUUCAGGAAGAACUUUCUCAAAUACUAAGGGAGAACGGAAAAGAAAGAAAACCCUGGAAAAUGCAGAGUACAGACACUGGCGGUUUUCCAAAGAACAGGUGUUAACCUGGAAGUCAGCCACAGGGAACCCCGCCCCGCCCGUAGCUGUUCCAAGUGGGUAGCCCAGAGCCAGAGAAGCCCGCACCCGGCUCCU